AUGGCCCCCCCUCGCACAGAAUCAAAUGCAAAAGCAGCUCUUGACUUUUUCCUGCAGUUGAGCAAGGAUGAACUCUGUGAAAGCAUUACUUUUUCUCCUAUAAAUCUGGCAGUUGCCUUGAAACUCCUCCUUUCUGGGGCCAGGGGUCACACAGCAGCUGAACUAGGAAAGAAUGCUCUUGACUGCGAAUGCGAGAAGCCAGAAGGCGUCCAUAAUGAGUUCCACAAAAUCCUUGCCCAACUUGACAAACAGACCACAAACUAUGAGCUGAGCUUUGCCAAUCAACUCUAUGGAGACAAGUCUAUUGCUUUUAUCCAACCGUUCUUGUUCUGUGCACUGAAACUGUAUCUGACUGACAUAAAUGGUGUUGACUUUCACAAUGCUCCCGAAGAAGUCAGGAGGUUAAUAAACUUAUGGGUUGAAGUCCAGACACAUGGCAAAAUCAAGGAUCUCCUGCCCCAAGUCAAGGAUGAGAUUGCUUGCCAGAUUGACCUGCUUCUGGUGAAUGCCCUCUACUUCAAAGGACAAUGGGAAGUGCAGUUUGACAAGAAACUCACCAAAGAAAGCCCCCUUUACUUGAAUGAAAGGGACUGCAAAACUGUGAAACUGAUGCAUUAUAAAAUGGGCACAAUUGAAGUCUCUCAGGUCCAGGCCCGGCUUGAAGAUAUAUUUACCUAUGAGAAGUUAUUAGAGUGGACCUGUGAAACUCGCUUGAAAGUGGAAGAGGUAGAAGUAGCCAUUCCCAAGAUCAAGAUUGAGAAGAGCAUUCUAGUCCUCAAUUUUUUGGAAGCUUUGGGGCUGAAUGAUGUGUCUGAUCCUGAAAAAGCUGAUUUGUCUGGAAUUACGACAACAGAAGCUGUGGCUCUGAGUGAGAUUGUUCACGGUGCUGCUUUAGAGAUAAAUGAAGAUGGUGGCAAGGAACCACCACAUUGCCCUAGAGAGGGGCACCAUGUACACCAGGCAUGUGUGCAGUUUGUGGCUGACCAUCCUUUCCUCUUCUUUGUACUGCACAAUUGUUCCAACAGCAUCCUUUUCUUGGGUAGAUUUGUUAAACCCAAAGAAAAGAAAGACUGCCAUUAACAAA